AGUGAGAGCUUUGCGAUUGGGAUAUUGGAAGCUGGUGAUUGUGAGGUCAAGUCAAGGUACUGCAGUUUUGAUCUUUGAUUUUCCUGCAAGAAAACCAUGACGGUGGAAGAUAUGAUAAAAGCAGGACGCAGACUGUUUGAGGGCAAUGUUUCGCUGCGGUGGCGCCGCAGGUCCCGGCGCGCUCUGUUCCUGCUGCUCGUUAUGUCGGCGCUGGUGCUGUACGUGGGCCCGGGCCUGCUGCGCUGGCUGAUGCGGCCGCCGCCGCCGCGACUCUCCGUGCCGCUGCCCAACGUCCACACGUCGUCGGACGGCGCGCCACAGUGCAUCCCUGAGCGGCUGUACCCGUUCGAGGCGGAGCUCGGACGGCUGGACUCUGUGGUGUCGCGCGUGCCGCCGCAGCCCGGCGACCACCAGCACCUGCCCUACGUCGGCAACGGGUUCGUGGCGCUGGCGGCUCGCGCCGACUCGCCGCUGUACCUGCGCGACCAGCGCACGCUCAACGUCAGCGUGCCGUUCCUGGCGGUGGUGAGCGCGCGGCUCGAGGGCGCCGCCGCGCCGCCGCACGAGGCCGUUCUGCUGCAGUACGCCGGCGGCGUGGUGCAGCGGCUGCAGUGCUACCCCCUGGCGGAGCGGUCGCUGGACGUCACGUACAAGUACCUGGCCCACCGGAUCUCGCCCGGAGUGCUGGUCCAGGACAUCAAGGUGCGCAACCCGACCGAGACGGACCACAUGCUGGAGCUGCAGCAGCAGGGCGUCUUCCAGUGGGAGGGAGCCACCGUCCGACACGACAGGGUCGUGCACGGCCAGGACAGCCACCCGUACGUGGUGGUGACGGGCGUGGUCCGCACACAGGACCUAAAGUUCAUCGGCGUCGUGGUCGUGUCGUCCACCGUGCCGGGCAGCGUGGCGGUGAAGGCCUCCAGCCUGGCCUCUGUGCGGAUCAUCACCUCGGUCAACUACACCGAGCCGGCGGCCAGCGACCAGGAGGCGCGGCAGGGCAUCGGCCGGCUCGGCCUGGAGCGCGCCGCCGUCUCGGCGUACACUGAGGCGGUGUCAGAGGACCCCAGUCGGCUGCUGAGCGCCCACGUCGAGGUCUGGCGCCGCCUCUGGACCUCCGGCUUCUCCAUCUCACACUCGCUGGCCGAUGACGUCAUCAACGGCGACGUCAUUAACGCCACGCUGUACUACGUCAUGAGUCAGGCGCGCGCGCCCCUGCACGAGAAGACGACGGACGUGGCCAGGCUGCAGGAGCACGCCGCCUACCUGCAGUACACGGAGGGGUGCUUCGGCGACAAGCUGCACAGUCUGCAGGCGCGCCGGCUCUGGUCGCCGCUGCAGACGGUCGCAGACGUGCUCGAGACGGCCAACCUGUGGCUGCUACUGCUCGAGAAAAAGGGCUGCCACAACAUGCUGGGCGCGGGCGCCGACGGCGUCAUGCAGGCGAUGAUCCUGAGUAUGGGCGCGCUCAAGUUCUCCAACCAGCACCUCGAGUUCGGGAUGGAGCCCAAGGAUAUGCACAGAGACUACGUGUUCAGGCGGGUGAACUUUGGUAACGCCACUCACGUGACGAUCCGCGUGGCGGUGGACGACAACAACAAGGCCAACCUGUUCGUGUCGCUGGACCGCAGCGACCGCUCCUACUUCGGAUGCGACGCCGGCUGCCUGGACGCGCCCGUCAAACUGGGGCCGGAGCCGACCCGUUUCCCGGUGAAGCUGACCGACCCGCCGACGGCGGUGCUCUACAUCACCCCCGAUUGGCAGCACCUCGAGGAGCUCAAGCACACCAUCCACGUGAAGGAGGUCAGCCUCGCGCCGGCACACGACCACCACCUGAUGGCGCUGCACCGGCACGGCCACGCGCUGGGCGGGCUGCCCACCUUCUUCUGGGUGACCAUCUUCCUGCUGAUCGGCGUGUUCCACCUGUUCCUCAUCAAACUCAUCAUCAACGAGUAUUUUGGCGGCGACAAGACCUUCAGGACGCGAUCGUACCGCCGCUCCGGAUCGCAAAUACUCGGACUAUCGGUGAAGGUCCGCUGAGGCGAUGGGGCCGCCUCCGACCCGCCUCGGGUCCCGUCUGGCCGCGCUGGUCCCGGCCGGCACCGCCGCCGCCGCCACCCCUGCCGCGGCUCUCAGUAAGACGACAUCAGGACGUACCACGGGUGUGGUGCACGGGUCGGCUGCGCUGUGGACGUGUCCGAGCGGCCGGUGAGCGCGCACCAGGGAGUGACUCGGUCAGUGGUCAGUGGUCGGCGGAGGACUGCUGUCGGGGGGACCGGAGAGGGGCGGUGGGGCCGCCGGCAGACCGCGGGUCCGUCCCCUCCCUGCGGUCAGUGUGGGACGGCAGACCGCGGGUCCGUCCCCUCCCUGCGGUCAGUGUGGGACGGCAGACCGCGGGUCCGUCCCCUCCCUGCGGUCAGUGUGGGACGGCAGACCGCGGGUCCGUCCCCUCCCUGCGGUCAGUGUGGGACGGCAGGCCGCCGGUCCGUCCCCUACCAGCGGUCAGUGUGGGACGGCAGACCGCGGGUCCGUCCCCUCCCUGCGGUCAGUGUGGGACGGCAGACCGCGGGUCCGUCCCCUACUGCGGUCAGUGUGGGACGGCAGACCGCCGUUCGAUGGAAGAUGACUCAGUGAGCGCCCUGCAGACCGUCCGACCGCCGGACCGACUCGGCGAUAGUGGCGGACGGGUGAGCGGGCAUCGAUUCACGUGAACCACAGGAGUGUGUGGAACUAAGCUGCAUUAUAGUCGUGUGUUGUUAUUUAUGACGGUUACCGUCGGGUGUUACGAGCCAGUCCGUGUGAUUUGGGAUAGUGGGUGAUCGGGUAAAGGGCAGUAGUGCGGUGAGGGUAACAGGGUGGUACAACUGUACCAAUGGCAGCACGCAGUGGGGAUUGUGUGUGAUCGGCACCUGGACGCGACUGGUCGCACUGUGCUGCCCCGGGCCCAGUGGACUGAUAACUGUGGACUGGCCGGGGCUGGGACCCCGGGCCCAGUGGACUGAUAACUGUGGACUGGUCGCACUGUGCUGCCGCGGGCCCAGUGGACGGAUAACUGUGGACUGGCCGGGGUGGGGACCCGGUCCAGUGGACUGAUAGCUGAUAACUGUCCGGUGGGGUCCGCGGCUGCUGGCCGGCCCAGUGGGCUGCCUAUCCGUCCGGACGAUGCCAGCCUUGAGCGCUAUGUGCCGGGUGUUUCUCCUGCGCCGUGUGAGCUGCUCUGCGUUGGACAGGUAGGUAGCCUGUGUGUGGUGAAUACGCCAACCGGCGAAUGCUGGAUACUUAUUCCGCGCUUGGCGGAGAGCUAGCCCGCUUUGGGAGGAUAUUUAACAUAGUAGGCGACCAUUCCACUACGAUGGGUGGGCUAUGUUACGGCGUUUGGGGAUAUCGCGUGUGACUGGCAGUAUUCCACUGCGCUAAGAGGCUAUGCGCCAUGCCGAGCGAACGUCUCCCACAUUAAGCCGGAUCGGCCCGGGAGAAGCGAUGUUCCCUCACUGGAGGACAGGACUCUCCGGCCCGAGCCACAGCAGCGCCCGGCCCCAAUCCGUGCCUUGUGCCCCGAGCGCCGCGAUGUGAUAGCCCGGUGUGGUCCG